UCACAAUUUUUUUUUGAUAAUUCAGGGUUUUUACAACUGUCCUUCCACCUUUUCUCCCGUACAUUCAUUGUGUUUUCAUAAGCAGAGGUUUAAUCCGGGAUUAGGCAUGCAUGAAGGUUACAUAAAAUCUAGUGCUAAAUCCUCCAAUAAUAUGCAGGGAUUACAUCACCAGUGUGUGUGUGUGUGGUUUGACGGGGAAAAGGGAGGAGAUAACCAGUGGAAGUGGGAGGAGAAAUGGCAGCAUCAAGACAAUCCAAGCGUCAUAAUCUUAACUGUGUAAAGGGAAAAGGCGGCCAAAUGUGUUUAGAUGGACAGAAGCAGCGGGGAGUGCAGUGUUGGCAGGGAGUGUGUCCCUUCAGCUCAGACAGCAUCCACUCUUAUCCAGAUGUCUGAGGAAGGUAUUAAGGGCUAAAUCCAACUCCAGCACACGUUUGCAUCAUUCCUAUGUGGACCUGCUUUUGGACAGAGGAGACUGGAGCAUGUGGGUUCUUUCUUCGGGAUAUGAUGCGUCCACCUGGAGCCGUUCCUCAGUCGUGUCCUGAGUAAGCUUUCUCCAGCAGCGAUGAUGUUCUGCACCACCUUCCUGUCCACUCCUUCCGAAGACCUAGCAUGCGAAGGCGGCGGUGGAGCUUCACCAGGAGGCGGAGGCUUAGGCCCGGCUAGCUGCUUGUCAUCCUUGCACUGCCUGGUUCUCCCUCAAGAUGAACUUUACCCCAAUCUCUCAGAGAACAACACGGCAACCGCCGCCCGUCAGCUCUCGGUUUGCUCCGAAGCGCGAGCUCGCAGCUUUAUCGGAGACAUGCUGCUCGAUGCCAGCCGAUGUCGGGAGAGAGAUAGCGGGGGGAUUUGGGACAGGGUGAGGAGGAGACGCAGUCGAUCUGCUUCACCUUUACCCAGCAAAACACCUAAAAGUCCUUGUAGUGAGGGAGUGAAAGGCCCCUCGCUGCCAAUGGCCACCGUGGACAUCAAAAAUCCCGAGAUCAGCAGCAUUCAGCGUUUCCACAGCAACUCUCAGGUGAACAACAUCAUGCACUCCACCUUCCCCAAGCGGGAGAAGAAGGGCAAAGGCAAGAAGAAGAGGCUGACCAAGGCUGACAUUGGCACGCCCAGUAACUUCCAGCACAUUGGACACGUAGGAUGGGAUCCAAACACAGGCUUUGAUUUGAACAACUUGGACCCAGAGCUAAAGAACCUCUUUGACAUGUGUGGCAUCUCCGAGGCUCAGCUUAAGGACAAAGAGACCUCCAAGGUGAUCUAUGACUUCAUUGAGAAGAAAGGAGGGGUGGAAGCUGUCAAAAAUGAGCUACGGAGACAAGCGCCUCCACCCCCUCCAUCCAGAGGCGGCCCACCGCCCCCACCCCCACACCACACCUCGGCCCCUCCACCGCCUCCACCUGCUCGCGGCCGGGGCGCCCCGCCACCCCCACCGCCCUCCAGAGCCCCCGUCUCGGCGCCGCCACCCCCGCCUCCAUCCCGGCCGGGCAUGACCGCUCCCCCGCCUCCUCCACCUAGCCGGGGCUUCCUGCCGCCGCCCCCGCCGCCAUCCCAUGCCUCCACCCCAGCACCACCUCCACCACCACCUCCCCCGACAGCAUUCAGCGGCGGAGCGCCACCUCCUCCGCCUCCGCCGCCACCUCCUGGCCCACCUCCACCCGGCCUGUCCAUGGAGGCUAAUGGGAGCGACAGCGGGCCGCCACCACCUGGGGGCAAGUCGGCCUUGCUGAGUCAGAUCCGGGAAGGCACCCAGUUGAAGAGGGUGGAGCAGAAAGAGCGGCCCGUGUCCAGCACCGGACGAGACGCUCUCCUGGACCAAAUCCGACAAGGAAUCCAACUUAAAACUAGAGACGAUAACGACUCACCUCCUUCCUCUGUGGCCCCCUCGGCUGGCAUCGUGGGGGCUCUGAUGGAGGUGAUGCAGAAGAGGAGCAAGGCCAUUCAUUCGUCAGAUGAGGACGAUGACGAUGAAGAUGAUGAGGACUUUGAAGACGAGGACGAGUGGGAGGACUAGUCAUGCCACCCCUCUCUACUUUUGGAUGAUUCUGACACUUAAAUCUUUAAUUUCAAAUGACAUAAAUGUACAUGUUCUAUCAAUUUGCUGUAUAUUUUUGUUGCCUUUAUGCUUUUUUUCUUAAUCUGUGCAAUACCUCAUUUAAUCUGGACAUUCUCAUAUCUGUUUUGAACUGUCCUCCAUCUGUCGCUUGUCUCUCAUCACACAUUCCCUGCAUCCUGUCUCUCUCAUCGUCCCAAAAAUAGCGUGCAAUUUUGGCGUCAAGCUGUCGUUUUUCUCUUCUGGUCAGUCAUCGGAGGCCUCAGUAGAGGGGAAAGAAAAAGAAAGAUAUUUUCAUACCCUAAUUGUGGUUUAUUUUUACUAAUCAAAUGAUCCUAGUUUAUAUUUUCUUAAAAAAGAAAAGGAAUAUUUUGCGUCAUCCGAUGUCCUGUGUAAAUUUGCUCCAGGUUGUUCUGUUUUUUUUGCACAGAAAGAAGAGACUUGCUGCAUGACAACGGGACAUUUUCAGGUCUGUAUCAUACAGUACGUGUGCUUUAAGAGAUGAGAAAGAUGGGGAUGCGGUGGCAUUUUGAUGGUUCACUCUUCCUUUCCUUAAAUAAACUGACAAUAUUAUUUUAAUAAGCGAUGUUUGUCACACAGUAAUGCCAUGGACAUGUCGUACCAUUGCAACCCUUUAGGCACUUGGCCAUAAAAGCUUAUUUUUCGAUUAACGCUACAUUGAAGUAGAGUCACUACAAAGUUUGUUUUGUCUUUUUCGACUUAUAAUAUCACGUAUUGACAAUUUUUGUUGGAAUCGGGGCGUUGGUCAUGUAAAAUUUGAGGAAUAAAGACAUUUUUAGUUUUACACCUCCUGGGUUACUGGACAAAAACUGAGUACGGUAUGUACUGUUAUGUGUUGUACGGAGUUAAGUUCAUUAAGUACUGGAAAGUGUAUGAAUUAAGAGCUUUUAGUUAGGAUGUAGCAUGGAUGCAUCUAUUAGUGAUGACGAUGGUAAGAGUUAACAUCAAUAACUAAUCAUAUGUUAGUGUUUUUUAUUCUUAAGCUACUUUUGUCAAUUGUAAUAAAGAGUGAGCGAAAUGGAAGCAUUAAUUAAAGUUGACAAAGUCUUGUUGGUACUGUUAGAAGACUAAUGCUAAGAAA